UGCACUGAAACCGGAAGUUGUUGGUACAUGGCUGGGGCCAAUGAAUGGACGUUGCGAUGCAUUGAGGUGCCUUUGCUCACUUUGGUCAAAAAUGACAUGAGCCGUCCAGCUCGUCAAUCAGCCGCACCGCGUCGGUCUUCUACGAUUUCCCGCCUGUGCUGGUCGGGGUACCAUGGCAACGAGGAUGAAGCUGAAGCUGAAGACCGUGUUCGUGCUCUACUUCAUGGUCUCCCUCAUGGGCCUCGUCUAUGCACUAAUGCAGCUCGGUCAGCGCUGCGACUGCACAGAGCACAACAUGCCUAAAGACCGUACCAUAUCUCGGCUGCGGGGGGAGCUGCAUCGUUUUCAGGAGCAGAUAAGGAAAUCAGAGGCCACGAAGCAACCACAGAAACAGCCAGCUAAGCCCACCAUCUUCGUCAUCACCCCAACAUAUGCAAGGCUGGUACAGAAGGCCGAGCUGACUCGUCUGUCCCAGACCUUCCUCAACGUCCCUCAGCUGCACUGGAUCGUCGUGGAAGACUCGCCACACAAGACGCCGCUGGUAACUGACCUCCUGGUGAAGAGUGGCCUGACCUACACGCACCUACACAUGCCCACUGCCAAGGACCGCAAACUGCAGGAGGGGGACCCCAGCUGGCUGAAGCCUCGCGGAGUUGAGCAGCGAAAUGAGGGUCUGCGGUGGCUCAGAGAGGACCGAAGGGCUCAGGCAGGAGGAGACAACCAGCAGGGAGUCGUUUACUUCGCCGACGACGACAACACAUACAGCCUGCAGAUAUUUGAGGAGAUGAGGAGCACCCAGCGGGUGUCGGUGUGGCCGGUGGGGCUGGUUGGAGGGAUGAAAUACGAGAGGCCCGUGGUCGAAGGAGGAAAGGUGGUUCGCUUUCAUACCGGCUGGCGUCCCAGUCGUCCUUUCCCCAUGGACAUGGCCGGCUUCGCUGUCUCCCUCAAACUGGUCCUUGCCAAUCAAGAGGCCUGUUUCGACGGAAAUGCACCAAUGGGCUUCCUGGAGAGCAGCUUGCUACAGGGACUGGUCACCAUGGACGAACUGGAGCCGAAAGCAGACAACUGCUCUAAAGUUCUGGUGUGGCACACACGGACCGAGAAACCCAAGAUGAAGAGGGAGGAGGCUGUGCAGGCUCAGGGACUCGGCUCAGACCGUGCAGUUGAGGUCUGAAGAACACACAAACAAAUACAAACACACAUUUUAAAGCGUACUUUGCCGUCUAAUGCUGCAUUUGUAACUCUUAUGUUGUAAACACGGUAAAACAGAUACAUCUGUUUACGGUUACAUUUGAAUGGAUCUGGUCUUUAAUGUGUCCGGUUGUUCAUGUACGUGUGUGUGUGUGUGUGUGUGUGUGUGUGUGUGUGUGUGUGUGUGUGUGUGUGUGUGUGUGUAUAUAUUGAGUGAGUGUUACAACGGGUAUGUUGUAUGUAUCCAGUGUGUGUAUGCAGGUUUUCUUUGGUUUUAGUGAGUCCAGCAUCCGGCAUUUGCCUGACGGGGGCGCCAGUUUUACAGUUAGUAUCGGCCUGCUGUUACACCACUGAUACGUUAUUCAUUACAGCUUGAGGAACACUGUACCUUAGAACAUAGUCCAUUGUUGAAUCAUUCAUAGGGUUCCACGUGUUUACUUGUGCUCAAUUUAAAUCCGGAAACUCAUUCCUUGGUGGCCCUUCGAUAUUUUUCAUGGCUGAGCCUGGUAAGUGUCCGUAAUCAUCCAUAACGAAGCGUUUUGAGUCACAUGUCCAAACAAGGUCACCGUAAUUGCAUGAUAAUACGUUUUAUACAACCCGUCUAAUCAAAAUGUGUGCAUUCGCUAUCAAUGUAAUACUAUUGUGGAGCAAGGGUGCAUUUUAUUUCAAUAAACAAUAUUCAAAACAUACACUACAACAUAUGGGCUUACGAAUCUCACAAACGAAUGAAGAACAAAGAUUUAUAGUGGUCGCCUUGUGUUUGUUGUGCUCUCACACAUCUGUGUCCCGGACGCAAGUGGUGCAAUGUACCGAAACUGCACCGCAACACGGACAACAACAAAUAUUACAACGCAAUGGUUCCACACCCAGUGCAGCGUCAGUGUGACAGCUCGGAGCGCUAAGGCUGGUUUUCUGUAGUUUCAUUACGAGAAAGCCGUUAAAUAUAAAUAUUUUUAGUGAUGCUUUCUAAAACCGUAAUGGCUUGUCAAAUCAAUUUAGACGGCCAAAAUAAGGGAACCACACUACUGAAGCUCGCGUCAUUCAAUUAUGCAAUAAACAAAUACAAAUCACGCUGCUUAUGAUCUGUUUGAAUUAUUCUUACUAGGAGAAUCCCUGGUAUUUGCAGUCGCUUGAUAGCACAUUUCAGAAGAAAAGAAGAAUAAUAACAGCUACUGUUGUAUGAUACUGUAAAAACAGCUAGUGUCUGCUUGAGUGUAAUUAGUGCCUGUAAGUCAUUCUCUACUGGUGUAUUAUGUAUUUAUCACUGUAAUAUUGUGCUUGACAUUAAACAACAUGAUAAUGUUUGUCCUUGAAAAUAAACCUAGAUAAUGGAAAUUAA